AUGUCGUCGGUUGAGGCGCCUAGGGAGCCUUUGAGCAAGGCGGGGAAUACUUUCCCGUCCUCACCACAGCAAAAAGAUGCAUCAAACCGACUGACUUCCUUCUUUCUUAAACAAGCUAUUCCUUUUCUCGUUCAAUGCAACUUAAUUUCCGUCGCUGCCUUUGCUAGCAUUGUUUUUCUAAUUUUAUAUUCAAUUUUUGGUCGAGUUUUUUUAAUUCUUACUGGUGUUAUUGGGGGCGUAAUACUGCAUGCUUGGUGGGAAGCAUUUAGUAUUGGUUCUGAUGAGAACAAAGCUAAAGAAUCGACCCGAAGGCAGCGAGAAAUUGGUGUCGAGGUUGUAAGAAGGCUGUUGGCUGGUGUAGAACUUCCAACAGAAAGAACACGGGCAAGCGUCUGCAUUACUGCUGAAGCCCAUACUACUGAAACAAAUCUUAAAAACUCGAAUGAACCGAUGGCUUCUGCCAUAGAAGGAUUCAUUGAUAUUUUGAUUAAAGACUAUAUACGAUGGUGGUACGAACCUAUUUUGCCCUCGGAACAUGCAUUUCCAGAUACGUGCCGACGUUUGAUGCUCCGCUUUGUUUCUUCGCUUUCGGCUCAUCUCGGGCGCAAGAGACCUGCCGAACUUUUUGUCCAAUUCACAAUGAAUUCGUCUUCGGUAAUGAUUGUAUUCCUCAGUGAAUUAUCAAUGGCUGUCAAUCUUUCAAAUACUAAUGCUUCUGUGGCCGAUGCCCUCAAUGAAUAUUUGAGGCAAUUUCCGGAUAGCGGACUUUCAAAUCUCCUGUCCACAGAACAACAAAGAAAACGUUUAAGUCUUCUGACUAGUGAAUUACUUAAAGGUUUUCUCGAUUCUAACACAUAUGACUGUGAACUGGCACAAAUAUUUUUACGAGAAAUACUUACUGGAGUUGUUCUCGAGGCGACUAUAAAUACUUGCUCCGCGCCAGAAUAUCUCAAUAGCUGGAUUGUCCACCUCUUUAAGGAAGGGGAGCCUGAACUAGUAAAUGCUAUCGAUGCUGGCCUGGAUGAAUUAGAAGGAGUAGGGAGCGAACUAGGCGCUGUUUCUGCCGAUCCCCUAUCCGCUUCCGAAAAUUCAUUUUCAAGUCUGGCUUCAAUUCAGUCUUCAGGUCGCGACGAUUUAGGGCAUUCAGACAAGCUGUUGUUUAACUCUGGUUCGAGCUCCAGGUCGAGUAAAAGGGUGAAAGAAUGCAGCUUCGAAAGUGCCCCUAAUUGUCCACAGGGGGCACGUCGAUCCAGAAACACUUCCGAUUACUUAGCUUCUUGUCCGAUAACGUCAACAAGGUCAACAUCUGAUACCAAGAUUGGUUUCAAGGAUUUAAACCCGCAAGGGUCAACUGUGAUACCAAAUUUGGAUACAUCUUUGGAGGACAUGAGUAGUCAUCACGGAGUAACACUCCCAAGGUCCAUUCAAUCUAAGCCUUGUCCAAAGGAUAUAGUUAAUACAACACAGAGCAUAGCUAACUUUCACAAUGCUUCAAUAUCGAUACUGGAUGAUUCCACCCCAAACGCGGAAGCCAAAUUACGCUCAAAGCCAACGACAGAAUAUCUCAUACAAAUCGAGCCGAGUGGCGCGCACCUUACAGGCUGGAUGAUUGCGAGAAAGUAUGUCGAUUUUGAAAUCCUUCACGAAACUCUGCGUCGCAUAUCAGUUAUAUCAGGGACCACCGAGUUCUCGGCGAGCUACGCAGAUUUGCCAGACUGGAGAAACCGAAGACCGCAAGAAUUAUGCACACACCUUGAACGAUAUCUACAGGAUGCUUUACACCAUAAAUAUCUUGCUGAAUCUGAAGGAAUGAAACGAUUUCUCGAAAAAGGGUUGGGAGCGGCUUCUCAAAACAAAGCAGGCACAAGAACAGGCUUUGGUUUUCGUAACCCUGCCGUUUUUGAGGCCAUGGGGAAAAAUAUGAUGGGAGUCAUAAGCCCUAAAGGUGUUGCUGAAGGUGGUAAAGCUAUGCUCGGUGGAGUGACGGGCCUUUUCAGCAACUCUGCUAAUGGGUCGAUGGGAGCAAAGAUGGAGGGUUACACUUCUCGAGGCCGCACCGAAUCCACAAAAUCGAAAACAGACUAUGACAUUUCCAUACUGAAUGAAUCUCGCCCUGAUGAUUUCGUUCACACUGAAUUGACCCAAUCGUCUCCUGUACAGAGAUCCCAUAUUUUGGAUGAUGACCGUACCGCCGAAUCACUUUCAUUUCAAGCCAAUGACGCUGCCUCGCAUAAUAAAAAGACUAUUCCCGAGCGAGAUAGAAGUGAUAGUAUGGCUUCAAGCCGAAACCGGGGCACCUGUGAUGGUUUAAUUCCCAUAUCUGAGAGUUCCAGUGAAUCACUAGAAUCAACUACCUGCUCUAAUACACGAAGCAACAAGACAGUCGACUCUUCCCUUUCAGAAGAAGAGACUAUCCUUAUUAUCGAAUUAUUGUUUGCUGUUGUGAACGAAAUAUAUGGACUUUCAUCUGCAUGGACACUGAGAAAACGGCUCCUACAAGCAGCAAAGUCGUAUAUUCUGAGGCCUGGCAACCCAAGCCUCCAAUCCAUUCGUCAACUUAUUCAAGGCAUGAUCAGCCGAAAUACUACCCACGAAGCUCUUGCUGGCUUCAUCAAUACAAUUCGUGAAUCUUGUUUUGCCACACAAGCUGAUGAGCCAUCGAAAUCUUUCCCAGCAGAUGCAGAUCGGAGCAGUUUGCGGGAUAGCGCCCGCAGCUUGUUGAUUUCAAAUGGCCUACCGCCGGCAUUAGUCGGUUGUAUGGGUGUGGGGGCAACAGAUGAAGCUCUUGGGCGGAUUUUCGACUGUCUUCAGGUGGAAUCGGUUGCAAGAGGAUUUGUCUGUUCCGUUAUAUUGCAAGCACUGAAAAUCAUAGUUCAAUAA